GCCAUUUGCAGGAUGUGUUCGUGCUUCCGGUGUCGUUAUUCCUGCUAAACUAUGUAGCAUUAACUUCUUAUAAUGGGGUGUUGCGCUUCCGGAAAUGAAGUAUCUGAUUUGAGGGAAAGUCCAACGAUCUCGCAAAUGGCCGCUGAAGACUACGUAGUUGGAGUAGCAAAAAAACGAGGCUGCACGGAUAUAUUCUUCCUUCUUCUGUUGUUGGCGUUUAUUGGAGGAAUGGGGUAUGUGAGUUACCUAGGUGUGAAAGAUGGCGACCCCUACCGCCUCAUCAACGGCUACGACAGCUGGGGAAACGUGUGUGGGCGGCCCAACAAAAACAGUAUUACCAAUAGUAACCAGUCAGGACAAGACAUGACAGAUAGACCAUAUACGUUUUUUCAUGACAAAGAAUAUUUCUACAAGAAGUUUCUUCCGGAGUUUCCUGAUGCCACGUUCGAUCUGCCCCCUGCUCUGGCCAACUGGCAUGUGGGUGACCCCCUGGUAUCAACGGACCCCAUCGUUUGUGUGGCUCAAUGUCCAGCAACUACACUAUUAACUUCCUCCAGUGUUGCCUCUUUGUGUACCUAUGACGGUGCGACUUGUCCAUCAUUGCCUGUCCUUCCACACAAAACACUUCUGAACCGAUGUGUGCCUUCCUCCUUUUUCGUCAUGGUAGAAGCCGUCACCUCAAGUAUUAAAACAGCAAUUUCAGGAGAUGUUCCCCAGAAAGUUUUUGCAGAUAUUCAAACUACAUGGCGAGAGCUGUUGUAUUUGGCUGCAAUAUCCUUCGGCUUGGCCCUUUUGAUUGUCAUACUGCUGAAGUUCCUAGCGGCGCUUGUCAUCUGGACAGUAACCAUCUUCACAGUGCUUCUAUGUUUUGCCGCCGCCGGAUACUGCUGGUAUUUGUUCUACAAUCUGCAUACAAAUCUCAAGGCAGAGGUGAUCACAACACCAGAAAUGCAGGCGAAGGUCGAUACCUGGAUGGUCUAUGCGUCUGUUGCCUCUGUGAUUGCGAUUAUUGUAUUCCUCUUGGUGAUUGUCAUGUGGAAGAGAAUCAAACUGGUGGUGCAACUGUUUAAAGAAGCAGGCUCAGCCUUGGGUCGAAUCCCACUUCUCUUGAUACAACCUGUCUGGACUUUGAUCAUUCUUCUGGCUGCGGUUGGAGCGGUGGUCUUCAUUGGGCUUUUCAUAGAAACAGCAGGAGAGCCUGUAGUAGAUGCCCAGACUGGUUUUGUCAAGUAUGAGCUGAAUGUCUUGAUGCAGUAUCUACAGUGGUACCACUUCUUUGGCCUGUUGUGGAUAUCUGCCUUCAUCGUGGCUUGUCAAGAUCUCAUCAUAGCUGGGGCAGUGUCGGUGUGGUAUUUUUCAGGUGACAAAUCCAAACUUGGAUGCCCAAUAUGUCGGUCCAUAUGCAAUCUCAUAAGGUAUCACAUGGGCACAGUUGCCUUCGGAUCCCUCAUCAUAGCAAUAAUAAGGUUCAUCCGAUUCAUUCUGGCCAGGAUUCAAAAGAAGCUUCAGGGGAAGAGUGGCCAGUUAGUAGACUUCCUCCUGAAGAUGCUGCAGUGUUGUCUCUACUGCUUUGAGAAGUUCAUCAAGUACCUCAACAGAAACGCUUACAUCAUGACAGCAUCUCAUGGCUACAACUUCUGUACUGGCGCCAAGAAGGCCUUCAUGUUGCUGUUGGCCAAUAUUCUAAGAGUUGCAGCCAUAAACUCUAUUGGUGACUUCGUCCUCUUCCUGGCCAAGUUGGGGUGUGUGGCCAUCACUGUGGUAGUUGGUUACGAAUUCUUCAUCAAAAUACGAGAUGACAUCAACUACAUCUGGGCCCCCUUGACUGCUGCUGGUGCUGUUGCCUUUGCCAUCGCUCACUGCUUCAUGCUUGUCUAUGAGAUCACCUUGGACACAAUAUUCCUGUGUUUCUGUGAAGACUGUGAGGAGAAUGAUGGCAUCACCAAACCCUACUUCAUGUCAAAGAAUCUCAUGCAAUUUAUUGACAACUUAAACAAGGAUGCUGAAAACAGAGAAGCCAAGAAGAACAAAGCUAAACAAAGCAAAGAAGAACAAAACUAAACCAGGCUGAGACAAUAAUUACUUCCACAAAUGCUAAUCAUCACUGGCCAUUUCUCAUUCAACACUAGAACAAUCACUCCAUAGCAGGUAGUGUCAGAUGAAUGCUCAGCAAAGUAUGAGGAUUGCCCAAUCUAAGGGACCGUUCAUAAUUUAUGGCUAGGGGAUGAUGAUGAUUGUUAUGGAGAAGCCAGUACAAUGUGAAUG